GCUUCAAACAGCGACAUUCAUACAGAAUCAUAACAAUCUCGUGAUUGUAACACCAUAAUUUCCUCUUUGAAAUAACAUACUUUAUUUUCAGAGGGAAGAAGUGGAAAACCUUUUGUGAGGAAAUUCAUUAUUUGAUGCAUGGAAUAAAUCGCACAGGCAUACAUCUAUGACUAUAAAUCUAUAAUGGUAUUUUAUCUGUGCCUGUGGGUUUGAGAAUCAACUAAGUACGUUCUAUUUCCAGAAUGAGGAUGAGAGCGUUUUCUAUAGACUGGCGAAAGCGAUUGCCAAUUUUGGGAUGGAUGCCACACUAUUCUCUGAGGAAAUUGCAAAGUGAUGUUAUCGCAGGUGUAACAGUGGGUUUAAUGGUAAUUCCACAGGCAUUAGCUUAUGCCAAUAUUGCUGAGCUACCGCCACAAUAUGGUCUUUACAGUUCAUUCAUGGGUGGAUUUGUUUAUUGUUUUCUUGGUUCAAGCAAAGACAUCACCCAAGGUCCUACUGCUAUCAUGUCACUGAUGGUAGCUACCUAUUCUGCCAACCACAACACACGCCAUGACUCAGUUGAUUAUGCUAUUGCCUUGAGUUUCCUUUGCGGACUUAUAUGGCUACUAAUGGGUCUUCUGUCACUUGGGUUUAUCGUACGCAUUAUGCCACUGCCUGUAAUUAGUGGCUUUACAUCCACUGCUGCAUUGACUAUUGCUUUUGGACAAUUCAAACACCUACUUGGUCUAUCCAACAUACCCAGGGAAUUUUUCCCAUGUUUAAUUAAAAUAUUCUCAAAAAUUGGGGGGACAAAUCAAUGGGAUGUUGUUUUAAGUGUAAUUUGCAUAGCCUUACUGGAGGCAAUGCGCUACAUGCGCCCAAAGGACUUGCCACCUCAAUAUUAUGAUGCUCCACCCACUCGUUCGCAAAAAUGUGCUCAUAAGUUUCUAUGGAUUAUAUGCACUGCCAGAAAUGCAAUAAUUGUUUUUGCAAGUGGUUUAGUGGCAUUGGCAUUUUAUCAAAAAGGUCUAGAACCUUUCACAUUAACAGGAAAUGUUAAGGAAGGCCUGCCUGGUUUCAAGUUUCCCAGCUUGAAGUCACACAAUGGAAACAAAACUGUUUCAACACUUGACAUGAUCGCAGACAUAGGUCCAGGCUUUGUUGUAAUACCGAUAAUUGGCUUCAUUGAAAAUAUUGUAAUUGCCCAGGCUUUUGCCAGAAAAAACCAUUAUGAGGUUGAUCCAACACAGGAGUUGAUCACCAUAGGUGUUGCUAAUAUUGCUUCAUCAUUCUUCUCUGGUUAUCCUAUCACUGGUAGUUUUUCACGUACCGCUGUUAACGAAAUGAGUGGCGUUGCAACCCAAUUGGGAGGUAUAUUUACGGGCUGUGUUGUUCUACUGGCCUUAAGUGUGUUGACACCUUUUUUCAAAUACAUCCCCAAAGCAUCUCUGGCAUCCAUAAUCAUCAUGGCCCUUGUGCGGAUGGUCGAUUUCAAGAUUGUGAAGCGAAUGUGGCGAACAAACCGGAUAGAUCUACUCCCAUUUUUUGCGACAUUCCUUGCCUGUUUCUACCAAUUAGAUAUCGGUAUUUUAUGCGGGGUCGUAGUGGCAUUGCUUGUAUUUUUGUACCGUCGUCUCGUACCGAAAAUUGAAAUCCAAGGAGAGAUAAACGGUCGAUGUCAUUUCAAGUUGCGGGGCGGACUUACCUACAUUGGUAUCGAGUAUUUUACUUCUAAAGUGAAAGAAAAGGCGAUGGUUAAUAACGAACCAGUUGUUAUCAUUUUAGAUUGUUCGACAAUGUUCGAAUGUGAUUUCACCGUAGCCGAAGCCUUGCUCCAAUUAUCCAACGAGUGCGAGGAUCAUGGAAUAAGACUGAUAUUCUAUGAUGUUCCGGGGAAUGUUCAGGAAAUGCUGCUUAAUGCUGGCUUACCAGAGAGACUAUUUCAAUCAGACUUACGCGGAGAACUUAGCGGCCUACUAAAGACAUGAUAGUGAAUUUUAAUGCAGUGAAUAACACGACAUUAAUUUAUAUGAUAAUGCUAAUGAUUUCAUCGUCUUUUUCUGAACGAGGAUGACAUUUGCAUGGCAAGAGUUCGUGGUUUCAUAAACUCUCGUGUACGAUAAAACAAUUAGUUCGAUAAAGCAAUGAUUUUGUGCGAAUGAGUUUUAACAGUUUUUUUUAUCAGUCCACGUGCAUGAAGCAAAUGAAAAUCUAUUUCGAUUUUGGAAUUGGGCGUAUAA